UGUGCUGUACGUCUAUACUGCUCUAUUAUACACCACUCAUAAAUACUGUUCGUUCGGUUGUUCGUUCGCUUGCUUUCUAUUUGGUUUCUCGUCUUUGUUUUUGUUGUUGACACUUCCACUGUGUGUUUUUUUUUUAUUGUGUGUGUACGUUUGUGUGUGUGCAUACGUGCCUCUUACUUGAAAAUUUGUGUAAAUCCAAAACCUCUGAGGAGCGAACGAAAAUGAUCGAAAACAACAAGAACGGCAGCGAUAGAAAACGACGCUGCAACAACAACAGCACCUAUGCGACUUAGGAAGAGGAAGAGAUACGGUGUAAACGAGUUUCGGAUCUUCGGCGCGCGCUCUUUAUACUAUCCAUCACAUCACAGACAUCGAAUCGAAACCCCAUACUUAUCCCAUCCAGCGCCAAGGUAAAAUUGUUUGCCUUAGCUGUGGCAUUGACUCCUAUUCCAGAGAAUAUACCGAUAUAUGGUGUAUGUAUAUCUCCCAUCCCCAGCUAUAUUAUUCAAAUUUUAAAUUGAACAAAAAGUAUAUGUUCGAUUUGAUUCGAGGAACAAGAAUAAGAAGAAGCUGAAAAGCAAUUUGGCGGCGAUGGGCAGGCAGUACAAAUUAAAAGCUACAUAGAUGGAACACACGCAUACACACGCGGGCAAGGCAAACAAACCGACAAACACACACGCCCAGAGCAAAAGGAAAGGCAAAUAGUAUAUGUCGAGGCACACAGUAGGCGUCUCGUUUUAACACUCAGCAACAGCACAGCAGACAUUGUAUUGGCUGGCAGAGUCAAUCGGUCUGGCUCGUUUUAUUUUACGGUUGUCGUCUAGUGGCAAAUGUCAUCAGAAAUUACAACACUGCGGAUGAAAGACAUCUACUAGCUGAGUAGCAGCAACAACUCCAACAACAUCUGGACACAACAACAACCACGAAUCAGCACCAGCAGGAGGAGGAAGAAGAAGAAGCCCGCAUUGGCCGCAAAAAUAUAAACAAAAAUGUGGCCCACCGUGCAAGCGUCGACGACGACAGUGCGAACAACUAGAGCAACGUCCACAUCUGUAUCUGCAACUGCAACGACAUCAUUGCAAAGCAACAGCAGCAGCAGCAACAGAAGGAGCAGCAUCAACAGCGCCAUCGCCGCAACCAACAGAUGCCUCAUCAAAUCCGCCAUCGAACGGUCAGUGGUGCGGCCCAUAGCUAUAGGUGGCAUAAUAGGGCAUAAAGCCCAGGCCACUGUAGCCACUGAGGAUGUGCUCACUGUAGCCGCUGAGGAUGUGGCCACUGUAGCCACGGAGGAUGUGCCAGUCGUGAAUACAACCGAGCUGGAGUACGACAUCAUCAACUACUAUACGGAUGCGCCCUCAUCCACCACGCCCUGCCUCGCUGGCAGUCACCGGCAGCAGCAGCCAACAAUAUGCCCCCCGCUGUUACAGGGCUCUGGCUCUGGCUCUGGGUCUACGUCUGCCCGUCGCUGUUCUCGCCUCAUCGGCAACCAUCAACCAACACUGGAUACGGGUGCUGUUGAGGCGGGACUAGCAACUGAUGCGGCUGCCACCGCAUGUGGCAGUCUGUCGGCUGACCAGGAGACCACACAGGAGGAGGAGUUCGAUUUAUUUGCCGAGGAUUCACACACAUCGAAGCCGCCGCCCUCGUUCACCACCAAAACACUGCGUUGUCGCAGCACCGCUGCAGCCUUGGACAUGGAUGCCCGUUCCCGUGGCGGCGGUGGGACACAGAGUCGUCAACGGAAAGCGAGAGCCAUUGUGACGCCCCGCACAGCUCUCAGCAGCAGCAGCAACGCCAGCACAGGCGACAGCCGAAGCCCCAACAGCACACCCAGCUCCACCCUGGGCGUCAAUAUGCGGGUGACGGGGCAAUGCAGCCAGGGAGGACGCAAAUACAUGGAGGAUCAGUUCUCUGUGGCCUACCAGGAGUCGCCGCUGACCCACGAGCUGGAGUACGCCUUCUUUGGCAUCUAUGAUGGACAUGGCGGGCCCGAGGCGGCCUUCUUCGCCAAGGAGCACCUGAUGCUGGAGAUUGUGAGGCAGAAACAGUUCUGGUCGGACAACGAUGAGGAUGUGCUGAAAGCUAUUCGCGAGGGCUACAUAUCCACGCACUUUGCAAUGUGGCGGGAGCAAGAGAAAUGGCCACGCACCGCCAACGGACACCUGAGCACAGCGGGCACAACGGCAACGGUGGCCUUUAUGCGCCGUGAGAAGAUCUACAUCGGUCAUGUGGGCGAUUCGGGCAUUGUGCUGGGCUACCAGCAGCCAAACGAACGCCAGUGGCGGGCCAAACAGCUGACGACCGACCACAAACCGGAGUCGCACGAGGAGAAGUCACGCAUCCAGCGAUCCGGCGGCAUGGUUGCCAUCAAAAGUGGUGUGCCGCGUGUGGUCUGGAAUCGGCCAAGAGAUCCCCAGCAUCGUGGCCCCAUCCGACGGCGUACGGCUAUCGAUGAUAUACCCUUUCUGGCAGUGGCCCGCUCUCUGGGCGAUCUCUGGAGCUACAAUUCGCGCUGCAAGGAGUUUGUUGUGAGUCCCGAUCCGGAGGUUAAGGUUGUUAAAAUUGACCCAAACAUGUUCAGAUGUCUAAUCUUUGGCACCGAUGGCCUCUGGAAUGUGGUGACGGCCCAGGAGGCAGUGGAUGCCGUCCGCAAGCAGCAUCUUAUUGGGGAGAUCCUCAACGAGCAGGACGUGAUGAAUCCCAGCAAGGCGCUGGUCGAUCGGGCCCUCAAAACAUGGGCAUCCAAGAAAAUGCGUGCAGACAAUACGUCCGUGGUAACUGUGAUACUGACACCAUCGUCGACGACAUCUGGCUCCUCCCAGAAGCCCUCUCCCGUACCAUCCCCCAGCCCCUGCCCAGUGCAGCCGUCGGCGCCGUCAGGCAGAGAAAUCGAUUUACGCCGUGAGUUGGAUGCCAGCGAUAUGGAGGUCGAGGUGGAUGUGGAUGCCCUGCUGGAUGCGGACGACGAGGACAGUGCAAUGGAUAGCGAGAAUAGUUGUCCAGAUCCUCACUGCAUCGAGGAGGAGAACUACAUUCUGGACGCCCCAUACAGUGCCUUGGCGAAGCGGCAUUUGCCGCCAGAGCCGUUUCGCAAUUUUGAUUACUAUGCCGUCGAGGAGGAGCAGGAGGAGGAGGAUGCUGACGAAUAUAUCGAUGGGGAACCCAUCGAUCAUGCCGAAGAUGAGGAGGCAGGCGAUGAGGAUGCCGCUGCCGCUGCCGUUUCGCUGCAACAGCGACUGCCACGUUUCUCCUACGAUGCCCAACGCCUCAAGCUGAGUCUGCACAAUCAUCGCAAGAUGUGGCGUAAGUCCAACACCGCGGGGGUAUAUCCCUGGCGUGGCUUGAUCGAACAACAGCUGCAGCAUCAGCAGCAGGAGGCGGAGGCAGGCGAUGUUGUCAUGCUGGAGCAGGAGCAUCACCUGCAUCACUAUUCCAAUGGGAGCAGCCACAUUGAUCGCGCCGCCAUUUAUGGGCAGUCUGUUACGAAUUCAUCCAAUGGCGGAGGCGGAGGCAGAGAGCUAACCGAGCUGGAGCAUCAUCUGGAGCAGCAUUUGGAGAACAGCUUCGGCAGCUAUGGCUCCAGUGUGUGCUCCUUGGGCUCCGACUACAGUUUCGCCGAGUCGUACAAUACGCUCCUCAAUGAACAGGAGCAGGAGGCGCGUUCCCGUUCGGCGGCAGCUGCUGCCGAGGCGGAGGCGGCUGCUGCUGCUGCCCUGGAUGAUCGCAGCAUGCAGGAGAUCAUACAGGAGCAGCAGCACUAUCAGCAACAGGAGGGCUACUCUCUCACACAGCUGGAGACGCGUCGGGAGCAGCUGCAUCAGGUGCACUCACACCAGCCACAAGAUCAGGAGCCGGAGCAAGAACAGGAGACUUGGACGCCGUCCGAUUACGUCGAGCAGCAGGCGCAUCAGGAAGAGGAGCCAGCAAAGGAGCCAGAGCCAUCGGAGCUCUUGGAAUUGAAUGCUUUGCUGCAACAGGAGCGAGCCGAGGAGCAGCAGGUGGCUCUCGAGAGGGAGCAACAACUGCUGCGGGAGCAGGAGCACGAGCACGAGCAUAUGGAGGCCACCUCCAGCAGCUCCACUUCCACUUCCAGUUCCAGUUGCAGCGAAACGGAAUUCGUGUUCACCAGCAGUUGGACGAGCGCAGCAUUGAAGGAGACAACAACGGAGACAGAGCCUCAAGAGGGGGAGGAGGACGAGAAGGAGUCGUCGUCACCGCCACCAGCACCGUCCCCGCCCACCCUGCAGGACAAUAAAGUGAGCUCCACCCUCCCCUCGACCCCGACAUCGGCCUCGGAGGCAGGCCUGACCCCAGCGAUGCUGCAACUCCGCGAAACAGUGGCCGAGAUCCGCAAGGAAGAUGCCCAUGCCGUCCAUUAUAUCAUCGAACAGAUCCAGAAACUCCAGGAGGUCGACUGCAUGCCAGUGACAGCCGCCCCGGGCAUUGGCGAGGCCCUCGAUCGCGCCAGUGCUUUGGCCAGUGACUUGUCUGCUGCUGCUGCCCCAUCAGCCUCCUCCAUGGCAGCCACAUCGCCUGUGGCGACGCAGCGCAUCCGCCAGAUGCGUCGCUAUCGGAAUGUGCCCAAUGAGAAUCACCAGCACAUGCAGACGCGCCUGCGACAGGUGUUUAAGCACUGCAAGAACAAGUCGCUUAGUGCGGCGGCCAUCAAAGAAGCAGCUAGUGGCGCAGGAGCAGCAGCCAGUGCAGUCGGCGGAGCAGCAGCAGCAGCAAUUGCUGCAGGAGCAGGAGGAGCGGGCAAUAGCUCCUCUACAGUCGUGAUUGCUGCCCGCAGGAGCAUCAAUACUACGCCCAGCAGCACCAAGAGCAACAGCAACGGCAACAGCCGCAGCAGCAGCAGCGGCAGCUCCAUUAUGAUGACGCGACGCAGCCAGACGCUGGCCAUCAGUGGUGGAGGGGGAGCUGUGAGCAAGCGCCAGCUGCGCAGCUGCAGUGUCAGCGGCAUGGACAUGACCAAACGGACGCUCAGGACGAGGAAUGUCCCAACUGUGGGUGUGGGAGCCACAGCCGUGAAUGUGCCGACAGCUGCGGCAUCGACUGCUCGUGUUGAUAGUGCAGGUAGAGGAGGAGCCAACAGCACAGCAAACGUCGGCACUGCCAGUGCCAGUGGCAGCAGCAAUGGGAGCAAUGCCGCCAGUCGGCGCCUCAAGCGCACCCAACAGGAGCGCGAACAGCGACGCAGCCUGCGCCGGAGUACACUGAAUGCCCCCAUGCCCGGUGGUGGGGCCAACAGUGGCAGCAGCUCCAGUACAGCAUCACCGUUUAGCAAGCCGACGCGUCUGCAGUCCUCGUGCAAUGGCGCCAUCUCUGCCCGACCACCGCCUUCGCCCAAAAAGCUCAACAUAGUCGUACCCACACUGGCCAUUGGCACACGGGCCUACACGGCGGCCAUGGCCGCAUCCGCUGUGCAGCUGAACAAACGCUGGUCCCUGCGCAGCAGUCGCCCAGCAGCAGCAGCAGGUGGCCAAAGGAGCGCCAUCCGGAACGGAGAGCAGCAACGGCACCAGCAGCAGCAGUGACAUCAGCAAUCACCAGGAUGCUGAUGACACCCAUCAGCUGCUACAGUGUGCGCAAUCGUGGAGCACAUCAGCAGGAGCAGGCAGCAGGAACCGCCACAACGCAGCAGCAGCAGCAGCAGCAGGCGACAACACGCAGGCGCUGAUCGGAUGAGAUUCGAUCGGAUCGGGGCACACAGCGGGAGCAAUUGCAAGUACAAAUCCCAAGCAACAGACAAACCUUGAUAAUUAGCAGAACUAAGGAGGCAGAAGAGCAGCGGGCGGAGCAG